AUGGAACGUCAGUUCAUGGGGAAGAUCAACAACUACUGCCAGAUCAACAAUCUUAAACUGUCUUAUGACGAUGUCGGUAUGGAAGGCUCAUCUCACGAUCCCACGUUCAUAGUUAAGGUUAAAAUAGGCGAAAUAGAAUAUGCUGAAGGCACUGGUAAAAAUAAAAAGGAAGCAAGAGCAGUAGCAGCAAAAAAAUCCUGGGAAAUGAUUAGAAAACAGUUAGAGAAUUCUUCAAAUAUGCCAACUGCAUUACCUCUACAAGGCAACGACUAUGUCAGCCUACUAAAUAGGUAUUCACAAAAUACCUCGGAAGUAGUUGAUUAUCCUAACAAAAGAACUGGAGAUGGUCAUAAACCCACGUUUUAUUGUAGGUGUAUGAUUAAUGGUAAUGUGUAUGGAACUGGCACUGGACCUUCUCUAGCUGUUGCAAAACAAGCUGCUGCAAAAGAAGCAUGUGACAGGCUAACUGUUGAAGGCUUUUUAACAAUAGAAGGUAACAAAUCGAACAGCAAUUCUACAUUUAGCAAAAAUUGUAAUUCCUCUCAAGUGCUGGAUGAGUCUGACUCAGAUGUAUUAUUUUCCCGUAACAGUAGUGUUUCCUUCAGAGACUCAGAUUCAGAUUUGGUAGAAAACAUGAAAGACAUGGCAAUAUGUAAAAAGCCUUCACCUUCUCAGAGAAAUGCACAGAAUUCUGCCCUGAAACCCAGAAGAAGAUUGGCAGCUAAUUUUGAUAAUGCAAGAAAAAAGGAAGAGAAAAAAAGUAUGUCAGAUUUAGAUGAGAGUUUGCCAGAUUUGGACACAAGUAGCAGUGAGGAGACUGAAAUUCUGCACACCAUGAAUAAAACAUUUCUUGAUAGUUUUAGAGAUAUAAAGCUUAUUGGUAAAGGUGGUUUUGGAGAAGUUUUCAAGGCAACAGCAAAAAUUGAUGAAAUAACCUAUGCAGUCAAACGAGUUCCCUUCACAGAUAAGGUAAAACGUGAAGUAAAACAACUUGCAAGACUCAAGCAUGAAAACAUAGUGCAGUAUCACUGGAGCUGGGAAGAGGAUUACCAUACAACUUCUCAAGACUCAAAGAACAAGACAGAAAAGUUUCUUUUCAUCACAAUGGAAUUAUGUGAAAAAGGGACAUUGGAAGACUGGAUUGAAAAUAAUAAACAAGCCCAAAAUUAUCAUGAGAUGGCACAAGACAAAUUUUUACAAAUACUGAAAGGAGUAAACUAUAUACAUUCUGAAGGAUUAAUUCAUCGAGACCUCAAGCCUCAGAAUAUAUUAAUAUCACGUGACGACAAAAUAAAAAUAGGUGACUUUGGUCUUGUGACUUCUGCGGAUAAUGAGAAUCUGACUGAGGACAGAGGAACAAGACCAUAUAUGGCACCAGAACAGGUCGAGGCCAGCUACGGAAUCAAAGUAGAUAUUUUUGCACUGGGAUUAAUUUGGUUCGAAAUACUUUGGCCAUUCAACUCACGCCAUGAGAGAAGUAAAGAAUGGCCUAAAAUUAGAAAAGGUGAAUUUCCAAAGGACUUCACUAACCGAUUUUCAUCAGAGGCAUCCAUAAUAAAAAAAAUGCUUUCAAAAGACCCUUCAGGAAGAUUUUCUGCAUCUGAAAUACUGGAGCUUUUAAAGCCUGUUCUUAGAGUCGAUUCACGUGAACGUAAUACGGUGUAA